AUGACAGAGCCAGAAGCGAAACGAAUGAAGAUGGCAAAUGGAAGCGAGGCACCUGUCAUCGGCACUCACAAUGGCCAUUUUCAUGCGGACGAGGCCCUCGCAGUAUUCUUGCUCAAGCUCUUGCCUGAUUACAGACACGCCACGCUCGUCCGGACACGCGACCCUGACCUUCUUAAAACCUGCACAAUCGUCGUGGAUGUAGGCGGAGUGCAUGAUGACGACCUUCUGCGCUACGACCACCAUCAGCGCGAGUUCAACGCCACCUUUCCUGGCAAACAGACGAAGCUGUCAAGUGCCGGCCUUGUGUGGAUGCAUUACGGCAAGCAGAUCAUCAGCGUCGUGACUCAACUUGAUGCACAAAGUCCAGACUGCGAGCUGCUCUAUCAGAAGAUAUACGAUGACUUCGUGGAAGCCUUCGACGCCAAUGACAACGGUAUCUCUGUGUACGACCCAACUGCCCUGCGGAAAGCGGGCAUCGAGAAGAAGUUCUCCGACAAAGGCUUCAGCAUCGCUAGCGUGGUGAACAGAUACAACUACGCUCCAUCUGCGAGAGAAGGGGCAGAGGGUCCCACUGCAAACGGAACCACUACCAGCGGCGCUCCAACGGCCCAGUCGGGCAAAUCGCAAGAUGGGGAGGAUGCUCGCUUUCUGCGCGCCAGCGCCUUUGUUGGCGAGCAGUUCAGCCUAGAAAUCGAUGAUAGGUUCGCUUCAUGGCUUCCGGCGCGCGCUGUCGUCAAGCAAGCGUUCUCUGAGCGAACCAAGUACGAAGCUAAGGGGCGCAUCAUCGUGAUUCCGUACCGGUCAGAAGGCGUACCCUGGUCUGACCACCUCUACGCGCUGGAGUCAGAAAGUGAUGCAGAAGGCCAGGUACUCUACGCGUUAUUUGCUGAAAACGGUGAGCCAGGCAGUAAAUGGAGGAUACGAGCUGUAAGUCUUGACCCGGGCAGUUUCGAGAACAGGAAAGGUCUGCCCGAAGCAUGGCGAGGCGUGCGAGACGAGGAGCUGAGUAGAGUCAGCGGAGUGCCGGGCUGCAUUUUCGUUCACGCUAGUGGCUUCAUCGGCGGCAACGCUACGUUCGAGGGCGCCCUUGAGAUGGCCAAGAAGGCUGUGGAGAUGUAA